AUGUCGAACCUGAGACCGAGGCGCUGCCUGGUGGAGAAGGGCCCGGACGGCUACGGCUUCCACCUGCACGGAGAGAAGGGGAAGAGCGGCCAGUUCAUCCGACUGGUGGAGCCUGGAACUCCUGCCGAGGAAGCGGGGCUCAGAGCGGGGGACAGGCUGGCGUUUGUGAACGGGGACAGCGUGGAGGGGGAGAGCCACUCACAGGUGGUGGCCCGGAUCCGAGCCUCAUCCGGGCGUCUGGAGCUCAUCGUGGUGGAUCAGGAGACUCUGGAGCUGCUGAGGAGACACGGGCUUAGCUGUAAGGAGGAGUAUGUGACUGAGGGCAUCCCAGUCCCUGGGGACAGUGCCCCAGAGGAGAGACCUGAGGACAGCCCUGCAGCCAGUUCUCACAGCAGCCGCAGGGGGUCUGAGGCCGGAUCACUGCAGAAUGGACGGAGGGGCAGUGCGGGCUCCAAGGAGGAGAGCAGUGGUCCCAGGCCUCGAUUGUGUGUCCUGAAGAAGGGACCAGGGGGGUACGGCUUCAACCUGCACAGUGAGAAGUCCAGACCGGGACAGUUCAUCCGGGCUGUGGACGAGCACUCUGCUGCAGAGAGAGCCGGACUCAGGCCCAACGACAAGAUCAUCCAGGUAAACGGCAUGUCCAUGGUGGGGAAGCAGCACUCGGACGUGGUCAGCGCCAUCAAAGCGUCCGGAGAUGAGGUCAGCAUGCUGGUGGUGGACCCCGAGACCGAGCUCUUCUUCAGCCAGUGUGGGGUGCUGCCCUCCGAGGAGCACCUGACUGGACCCCUCCCAGAACCGCGGGUGGACCGGGCAUCAGUGGAGGAGCAGCAGGAGGCAGCAGAGGAGGCUAAAGCCAGGACCUCCGUGAGCUCAGAGAGCAGUGCCUCCUCACACACAUCCCAGCCCACUCCCAGCGCCAUGGCAACGGAGGAGCCUGGGAGUGACAUCCUUGGUCUAGGUCUGUCUGUGGCCCAGGCUCGAGAGCGAGCCAAGAGGGCUUCCAAGAACGCCCCACGCAUGGACUGGAACCAGAGGAAGGAGGUGUUCAGCAACCUCUGA